AUGUUAAUAGGUACUAGAAUUGGACGUCUCAAAGUAAUAUUUCGCCUGCCACAACAACUAUAUGGUUCUGUCCAUCCAGUCUGGACCAAAGAACCUCUAGCUUAUGUUGAGUGGUACUCUUCACUAAAACCAGCAGCAGAAGACUACCAUGAAAUGUACAGUGUUAAGAAACCUUUGCCUUCUGUUGUAGACAGUACAUUGGCAGGUAAAGUUAUUCCACUGUCAUCUAUUAGACAGACUUGUCAGCUUGUUCCCAACUUUGGAAGAACUGUGCCUAUGGAUUUGGCUUCUGAUAAUGUAUUAGAUAGAUGUGAUUCCUUCUUACUUAAUUGUUUUACUUCGAAGUAUGCUUACCAAACUUUAUGGUAA